UGCGUUCUCUCUCCGUUCUCCAGCGCCCCUCCUUCUCCGCCUCGCAUGGCGUCGCGCCGGGCGUCCGAGGCGAGAUCCAGGUCUAAAGACAGCGCCGUUCUCUCCGCGCCUUCACUCACGCGCCAAGACGUCGCCGGACUUGGAGAAGUCGGACCACAGCACCCAAAACAGCGCCCCUAACUCCGCCGGAGACGUGGGCCGAGGUGGCGGCAUGGACGUGGUGGAUUCGGUGGUGGCAUGGUGGCGGCGGGAGAACAUGCUCAACAAGAGCCCCCUCCAAUAUGGCCAGCGCUAACGCUAACCCCGUUGUCGCCAAGGUCGUCCUCUCCUCGACCCCCUCAAGUCCGAGGAAAGCUCACUCCAGGCAAGCGCUCCCUGCUCCCCACUCUCCCUCAGGUCGUUGAUACAUCAUCUCAAAUGCAUCCUUGCAAGAUAUGGCCGAUCUGUGUGCCCAGUAUUACAUGGAGGCGUACUUGAACCAGCCCCAAGUGUUUUGUCCUUUAAUGGCAAUCUUAGGGUGUGUUGUCCUCGUUUUAUAAUCCAUAGUACUGGCGGCUGAAAUAACGGGCCGGUAGCAAAUUUGGAUGGAUUACACAUAUAUACGUUGAUUUUUUUCCAAGUCAAUGCUGUGUUGUUCGAGAAAAGAAGUCAGUAGUGUGCUGGCAUGUUGAUUUUUUUACCCCACUUAACCCGUCAAAAACACAAUGCUCUGAUCACGGGCUGUUCUUGGAAGAGCGAAAGAUUUCUUGGGAGAGAUGGCAAAGGCGAACGAUAAAUUGCAGCUCGAUGUAAAAAAUAAGCGUCCUGAAGAGUAUGAUAUAGAAGCGCUUACAGGAAAUGAGAAGGAAUAUAUUGAGAUGGAUUUGCUUCUUGGUGUAGCUGAUCUGCAUUCAGAGAAAGGUGUAGAGGUGGCUGAAGCAACAAUGAACGGUUUCCCACCUACAGGAAGGUCAUUCACUUGCAGCUCAUCUGACUCUGAAGAUGAUAGCGAUGAUAGUGACGAAGAUGAUGGUGAUGAACAAAACAUGUCUGCCAAAGAUGAAGAUGAAUCAGAGACUCAAACAUCAAAAAGGAAAGAAGCCCAAUAAACGACAGUAAGAUCAUUGUUCUCAACUAGAAUGCUAGCCAUUCUUGACAGGCAAGGACAUGAAUUAUUAACACACGGAGCCAACACCUGGUAUCUGGACAACUUGAAGAACAGACAUCCAGAUAUCAGAAUUGCCCGCCGUUUUUUUGCCCUAGAAUACUCUAGGAUUAUAUGCUAGCUCACAUUCUGAAUUACAUGAAAAAUAAGCUUCCUCACAUGCAUAUCAUUCUCGAUGAAGAAACUGUGAAAAACAAUGAGAUUUAGUACUUAUAUACUAUUACUAGAUACCUACUGUUUCCAGCUUACAGUAUUUACUACCUUCAGUUUUCUGUAACCAAAUAAAGAAAACUUAC